AAGAUCAGCCCAACCCAAACCCAGCGAUUUCCCGCCAUGUUAAACCUCACUCCUAAAACCCUAUCCCCUUCACCAUUUCUCUUCAACCCCAUAAUACCCAAAACCCAAAACCCUAACCCUAGCCCUCGAUUCGCCACCAUUCCAAACCAAUUCCCACGCCAGAAUUGCAAAUCUGAGUACAGGACCGAAAGGGGUCUUGAAUUCCAGAUCGGCGAGAGCUUCUUCCGGCACGAGAGCGCCACCGGCCGAGACCUCGGUGUGCUCGCCGCCUCGCUCUACAAGAAAUCCAAAGGCCAAUUGCGAGUCCUCGACGCAUUGUGCGGUUGCGGGAUUCGGUCUCUCCGGUACCUUGUCGGGGCCGAGGCCGAUUUCGUCUUGGCAAACGACGCAAACGACGAGUACCGGAGUAUCAUCUCAGAGAAUCUGUCACGCGCAGCCCCGAGGGGUUUCGGGGACGAGCGGAGAUGGGCAGUGACGCACUUUGAUGCGAACCGUGCCAUGGCGGAGUGCUACCUGCAAAGAGAGUUAUUUGAUUUCAUUGACGUCGAUUCGUUCGGUAGCGACUCGUCGUUUCUGAGGUCGGCGAUGAACGCUUUGAAAUUGGAUGGGUUACUUUAUGCUACUUCUACUGAUGGGUACACCUCCGGUGGUCACCGGCCUUACCAUUCUGUAGCUGCAUAUGGAGCUUAUGUUCGUCCAAUGCCGUAUUCGAAUGAGGUUGGUUUGCGAAUGCUUAUAGGCGGGGCUGUAAGGGAAGCCUCUGUGUUGGGCUAUCGUGUUACUCCCCUGUUUUCGUACUAUUCGUACCAUGGGCCUGUUUUUCGAGUCAUGCUCCGGUUGAAUCGUGGGAAGCUUGUCGAUCACAGGCAUUACGGUUUCAUCGGCUACUGCCACCGGUGUGGAAAUUCUCAAGCAUUUUCGUGGAAAGAACUUGGUCAUAUCAGGUGCCCCUGCAGUGAUUCAAAGGCUUCUGGGUCCUAUGUGGUUUCGGGGCCCCUUUGGGCAGGGCCUCUUCAUGAUGCUGCCUACCUCACAGAAAUGUUAAAUUUGGCAGAGCAAUGGGCGUGGGUGGGGAGUGGCACAGGAACUGAUCUUGAGAAACUUUUGAAACAGAUGAUAGAUGAAAGUGACCCCAAAUUGCCAUUUGGGUACAUCAAGUUGGAUGAGGUGGCAAGCCGUGCGAAAAUAAAUUCUCCUCCCCUAAGGAUCAUGAUGGACACCUUGCAUAAGGAGGGGUAUGCCGCUAGUAGGUCGCACAUUGCUUCCAACGCGAUCAAGACAAACUGCCCCAUGGCAGAAUGCAUGAGAAUUGCCAAGAAUCUACGGCAGUCUUCAGAGUGUUAGCGCUCAACAUACAUAAUGUCAAGUGCGGCUAAUUCUGUUGCCUGCACUUGGAAGCCUAGAGGUGCAAUUGCUCAAUGGAAGGAGAGUUGAUUCCGCAUAGAAGUGGGAGUCAAUUGCAAGCAAUGAUACAAGCUCUUGUUUGAGAUUUGUUAGAUUAAAAGGGGAUUAUUGGACAAAAAUGAUUUAAAUUUCCACUAGUACGACUUCAAUGAUCUCAGUUGACACUAUGACACUACGUCGUAAAUGUCGUGGCUAUCGGUUUGUCUCCAAUUAAGCCCAAUUUCAAAAGCCGAAGACGAAUUUAUAUGGUGCUAGCCAAGUAUUAAGCACAUUUUGUAGAUUUGUAUUCAAUUGUCUAAGACAAAAAUCAACUUAAUAACAUGU